UGAUCAUCCGUCUAUCAUCAUCGCAAAGACCAUCAUAAAAGUAAAGGAUGAGGUCUUGCUCCGAGUAGCCGUGAUACGGACAGCUCGCACAGAGUUUCUUGAAUCGUUCCCAGAAUUCGUAGAACGAUUCAUCAUCUUUUUGCUCCACAUUGCUGAUUUGUUUCUUUAAAGAUGAGGAGAUGGAGGCGGGAUAAUACCUUUCGAGGAAGCUCUUCUUCAUGGCUGCCCAAGUGUCUAUGCUUCCCGAGGGGAGAUAGAAUAGCCAAUCUUUGGCGGUGUCUUUGAGGGAGAAUGGGAAAACCCUCAACUUAAUUUGCUCCUCGGUAACACCGUCCGGGCACAUGCUUGUGCAAACGAUGUGGAACUCCGAAAGAUGUUUAUUCGGAUCCUCUCCUCUUAGCCCGUGGAAAGAUGGAAGUAGAUGUAUGAGUCCGGAUUUCAACUCAAAUGUAGCACCCGCAUCAAGAGUUGGGAAGGUGAUACAUAAGGAUUGUUGAUUUAGAUUGGGGGCUGUGAGCUCCCUUAGCGUUCUUGUAUCAAGAGCCAUUGAUAUUGACUCUUCGGACUCGCUAGAUUGAGAACUAGCACUUGAGGAUUCCCUCGAGUCGGUAUUUGAGAAUUUAUUCUUUAACCGCUCGAGAACUUUUUCUAUUUCGGGGUUUGUUUGGUAGGUGAGUUGGUUUAUGGAUCGGGUUUUUACCAUAUACUCAAACAAAUAUCAGCAAAAAUAGAAAACUUUAUAUAUAUAUUUUUUUUUUGGAUUUCUCUUUGAAAUAAAAUAAAAAGAAAAAUUAAUUGCCUUUCCUCGGCAACGACGCCAAAUUUGACGAGCACUUUGUCACGGUGCGUCAAAAUAAAUUCAAUACUAACACUUAUACGUAGUAUAGCGUAGUAGAGUUCGUAUCCACAGGGAAAGGUAUAAUUCUCUUUUUAUGAACUUAAUGAAUAAAAAGGGGGGUUUUUGGUUUGAGUGACUUAAUUUAAUUAAAAACUAAGAUGAACAACAUAUAUGUGUUUAAUUCAAGAAUAAAAGGGACUUGGCUUUGCUACUUUCCACUUGUUGAUAUAUUUUAGUCGAUCCUUGUUAUAUCUAUAACUUAUCCCCUCUCGAAUACUCAAUCGAGGAGUAUCUCCAAUUCAUCGAGGGUAGUUAUUAACAACGACCGUUAUUUAAUAACCCUUACUAUUAAUCAAAUAUAGAACAACGCCUUAUACCGAUAUAAUAGUAGCAUUCAAUCUUUUUAACUCCUUGAUGAAAUCAAUUGAGAUUGAUAACCUUAACACAACGGUUUCGGUUUAACCAACAAAAUUGAUCCCUCUUAAGUCUAUUAACCACGACCGUGCAUUAAUAAACCGAAGUUACUUACUUGUGAAACCACCAACGAUUAACCAUCGGUUCGUUGAUCGUUUCUAGUAGUAAUUAAUGUCGGAACGUUAACUAAUCGUCACUUAGCAACCCUCCAACAUUAAUAUAGAAUGAGAUUAAGGGAAGAAUUAAUAAUCAAGAGAAGAAGUUAAGAAAAUAACUCACAACUUUAAUAAUCAACAAGCUUCAAGAGCAAAACCAAGAAUGGAAGUUUAGCUCCUCAUUUGGAGGCUAAACAUAGCUAGAAAAAUAUAAAGAAAUGCUAUUCUAAGCUGAGCUAAAGAGAAUGGAAGAAGGGAUGCUCAAAUGUGAAGGAAAAUGGGGCUAUUUAUAGGUGUUUUCAACACCUAAUGCCGGAUACCCGGCCGGGUAUUUUGACAUACCCGACCGGGUAUUUACCAAAUCAAAUAUUUCCCAUGUUUUUGUGUCUUCUGCACGUUCUUUGGUCCGAAAUCACAGAAUACCCGACCGGGUAUAUGGAAUACCCGACCGGGUAUUUGCUAGUUUUGCAGCAGUUUCCUUUGUCACUUCAUACUCGUCCGGGUAAAGUCCAUACCCGACCGGGUUUUGCACAAAACUCAGGUUUCUUCAUCCUUUUUGACUCCAAACCUAUCCUAAACUUAUAGCCAAACUAACUACAACUUACAACAAACAAUAAAAUGCUAGAAAUACGAUUACAAUCAAAUGCAAACUAACAACUAUAAACUUGCACAAAAUUAGUAAAUAAACAUUACAAACAAUAAUAAAAAUGUAUACUUAGGCACUAACAACUAGUGCCUAUCAUCUCUUCCCUUUGAGAUCAUGUGUGAUGCUAGUGACUAUGCGGUCGGGGCCGUUUUGGGCCAAAAGGUGGGAAGAGCAUCUCAUGUGAUCUAUUAUGCAUCCACCACACUCAAUGACGCCCAACGCAACUACGCCACUACCGAAAAAGAAAUGUUGGCCGUCGUUUAUGCGCUCGAAAAAUUCAGGUCAUACUUACUUGGUACCAAAGUGAUCAUUUACACCGAUCAUGCGGCUAUUAGGUUCUUGAUGACAAAGAAAGAGGCCAAACCACGGCUGAUUCGAUGGAUACUACUCCUGAGCGAGUUUGAUGUUGAGAUCAAGGACAAGAAAGGCAUGGAGAACUUGGUGGCCGAUCACUUGAGCCGUUUGGUCUUGGGCGAAGGAAAUAAUCAUAUCAAAGAUGAUAUCCGAGGCGAAUUUCCCGAUGAGACCCUUUUCUCCCUUAAGGAAAUUCGUCCUUGGUACGCUCACAUUGUUAAUUUCCUUGUUCUAAACAGGUUUCCACCAAGCUUCUCUAAAGCUCAAAGAGAGAAACUCCAGCAUGAUGCAAAGCAAUACGUAUGGGAUGAACCAUAUUUAUGGAAACAUUGCAAAGAUCAAGUCAUUCGAAGAUGCAUUCCCGAAACAGAAAUUGCAUCCAUACUUACUUUUUGUCACUCACAUGCAUGUGGUGGCCACUUUGGAGGAAAACGAACAUCCAUGAAGGUACUUGAAUGUGGUUUUUGGUGGCCAAGCUUAUUCCGCGAUGCUCAUGUCUAUUGUCAAUCUUGUGAUAAUUGCCAACGCAUGGGCAACAUCUCUCGAAAGCAUGAGAUGCCACAAGUUCCUAUGCUCUACGUGGAGAUCUUUGAUGUGUGGGGAAUAGAUUUCAUGGGACCUUUUCCUAAUUCCCAUGGAAAUUUAUACAUUCUAUUGGCGGUGGAUUACGUAUCCAAAUGGGUGGAAGCAAAAGCCACAAAGACCGAUGAUGCCAAAGCAGUGACUGAAUUCCUCAAAACCCGCAUCUUCUCAAGGUUUGGGGUACCACACAUCUUGAUAAGCGACAGAGGCACUCACUUCUACAACAAAAACUGUGAGUACCUUGUUAAAGAAAUAUGGCGUCACACAUAAACUCUCCACCGCCUACCAUCCACAGAAAAACGGUCAAGCUGAGGUAUCAAACAGAGAGCUGAAAUCAAUUCUUCAAAAGACAGUAAAUCCGAACCGUAAGGAUUGGAGCCUGCGCAUGGAUGAUGCCUUAUGGGCAUACAGGACCGCUUUCAAAACCCCAAUUGGAAUGUCACCCUAUAGACUCGUGUUCGGUAAGGUCUGUCAUCUUCCGGUCGAACUCGAACACAAGUCUUAUUGGGCGGUCAAAACAUUCAAUCUCGACAUGGCUAAAGCAUGAGAGCAAAGGAAGCUACAACUCCAGGAACUAGAAGAGCUUCGAUUGGAGUCCUAUGAGAAUGCCGCCAUCUACAAGGAAAAGACGAAGGUAUGGCAUGACAAAAUGAUAAUAAGAAAGGAUUUCCAAGUUGGAGACAAAGUCCUUCUUUUUCUCUCACGCCUUCGCCUUUUCCCCGGAAAAUUGAGAUCACGAUGGGAAGGACCAUUCGAGGUGGUCAAAGUCUACACCCAUGGCGCAGUGGAAAUAAAAAGCCUCGAUACCGGAAAAAUCCUCAAGGUUAAUGGACAUCAACUCAAACCAUUCCUUGAAGGUUUCCAGAAAGAAAGCAUUGAAUGCAUGGAUCUCAUCGAUCCAAUCUUUGAAGAAUGAACACAACAAUGGCGUCGUGCCGCGACGUUAACUAAGGCGCUUCUUGGGAGGCAACCCAAGCAAGGUACAUUUUUUUCUUUUAUUGUUAACCCCCCUGUCAAUGUUUUCAAUUAUGUCUUUGAGAGGUUGAGAGAGAGGGCACUAAUCAUGGGUUUUUUAGAAGAAAAGAAAUAAAAAAUUUGCAGGUUUUUGAACAUCUGGGGACAUACCCGAUCGAGUAUAACCUUAUACUCGGUCGGGUAUGAGCAAAAAGAAAAGGGACCGGGCACUACUCGAUCGAGGGAGCAUUCAAAAAUUGAAAAAUAAGCAAUACCCGAUCGGGUAUCACUAUACACCCGGUCGGGUAUUGCUAGAAAUGCUAAAAUUUAAGGGGACUGACUCCCACACUCGACCGAGUACCCGCUUCAAAAAUGAAAAAAAAAGCAUAUACCCGAUCGAGUAUGGAGGAAUACUCGACCGGGUACAGGAGACAGGCUGCUCACAAAGUUCAUUUUCUAAGCAUACUCGACCGGGUAACCCCACCCUACUCGAUCGAGUACAGGAGGCAGGCCGCUCAAAAACUACACUUUCCAGCCAUACCCGACCGAGUACCAGCACAUACUCGAUCGGGUAUACGGGUCUUAUAACCCUAAAUCAGCCCCAAAACACUUCAUCUUCUCCAAACUCCCAACCCUAUCUCGAACAAAAAACGCCCAAACCCCAUUUUUACACCUUCUCUCUAUCAUAUCUCUUCCAAAUCUUCACCAAAUCCACCCAUUCCAACGCCAAAACACUCCCCUCAUCCUCCUCUACACAUUCAUACCCACCAAUCCCAUUCUCCCCCAACUUUCAGAGGUCCGAAAAACCCUACCCCCACCUUCCAAUUUCAGUUUUCAAAGGCCAAAUUCACUCCAAAUGGCUCCAAGGAAAGAGAAAGGGCAAAGCUCAAACACUAGGGCAAUCAUCCCGGGCUACGAGGACAUCCUCUUCGUGGACAACGAACAACGCACACGCUUCAUGUCCACAAUUGAAAGGCAAGUCAAACCUUCCCGCUUUUUAUGCCUUGAUGCUCUAAAGGAAUUAGGAGUAUACACAAUAAUGAAGAAAUUUUUUCAUGAGUUGCAUAUGGAUAAAAUUUUCAAAAUGCAAUACAACUCAAAUGAAAAAAUUAUCUAUGAAUUCCUAAGCUCGGUGCACUUUGAGAAUAAUGAAGAGGACUUUAGGGAUGAUAAACUCAGGUUUCGAUUGUUUAAUCACAAUCACACCAUCACGAAACUUGAGUUUGCCGAACACUUUGGUAUUCCGGUCCCGUACCAAAAGUCUAUAUCCGACAAUACCGCCUUCGGCCACACCCUAUGGACCAAGAUGACCGGGGAGACCAAAUUUAGCUCCUCCCAACUCUACAUUAGUCAUGUCCAACAUCCAGUCCUACGCCUCUUUUUGAAAUUCCUUGCCAACUCCUUGCUUGGACGUCCCAACAACCAUCAUACAAGGAUGGGGGAUGUAUGCCUCAUCUCGGUAGCCUUAUUCCGUAUCCACGUGGAUUUCAACCUCUGUAAUCUCAUGUGGGCUCAUCUAAAGAAGGAAAGUGUGGCAAAUGGUGCUAUCGUAGUGGGCGGGGUGAUUAUGCACUUGGCCACAAAGUUCGGGUAUACGGAUGACUCUCCUAUACCCGACUACUGUUUAAUGAACAUAUCUUGGCUGGGCCACUCGGGUUGUACAUCUUUUUCACACACCGUUUAUGGUGAAGAAAGGCCCAAAAAUAUGUACAACUGGCACAUCCACCCCAAACCCCUCAAAUACUUCCUUUUGCCCAACCCAGAACUCCCCCAACUCCACUUCAAAACAGGCAGACCGGAUCAACAUUACCUCUUCCCAAACGCCCUCCCACCACAUCUUCAAGAACCAGAACAGGAACUCCCCCAAAACCAACCCGAUGACGAGCCCUAUGAGCAACUCCAUAGCCAUCCAACCAUGAGCCAUGAUUUCCCAGAACAAAGCCAAAACCCUCCACCACCCGACUUCUUUCAACAACUUCUGGAGGGUCAACAACAACUUCUUACGGGAAUAGCCCAAAUGGACAACCGGCUCAACCGAUUAGAGGAAGAGCAAAGAGCCGGUUUUCAAAGAUUAGAGGAUGAGCAAAGGGCCGGCUUUCAACGUUUGGAGGAGCUCCGGAAGGCCGAUAGACACCGGUAUGAGGAAGACCAACAUAGGUUCUACGGGCCUAUGUACUCGUUUAUGGCACAACAGGGAUCCUUCCAUACCAUGGCGAACCCUCCUCCACCACCCUCAUGGUAUGACUCCACUCAUUGGGGUAACUUUGGAGGAACUGGCUCCGGUGGUGGAGGGUACAACGGCGGAGAUGGCGGGGACACUUACAUGGGAGAUGGUGGCCAAGGGAGCGGCUUUGGAGGGAGCUACUACGGAGGAGAAGGCGGGCACUAGGGACAGUGCGUGAUUCAAGUGCGGGGGAGACACUCAUGAUGGCACUCAUUGUAUCCCUAUGAAGAAUAAGAAGAUUCAAGAUAAAGAAGAAGAGAGGAGGAGAAGAGAAGAUAACACUAGGAGGCCAUUAAACCCAAGAUGCUCUUUUGUAAUUUGAGUUUAAAACUCAUUUUUCUUUGUCAUCCUUGGUGGUCUUUGUGUUUGUAUUGUGUUUUUGUUGAACUGUGGAACUUUUGGACAAACAUUGACACUUGUAAACAUUUGAUCUUACUCGAGACGAGUAAAGGUUUAAGUGUGGGGGAGUUGAUACGUUCGUAAUUUCCAUAUUUAUGUUUAUGUUUUUAAUUAGUUUUGCUUGACUUUUACUUUGGAAAUUACACACUUUUGGUGUAAUAGAUUAGAUUGUUAAAUUCUUGUAAAUAGGUUAGAUUAGAUAUAUUCUGAGCUCAAGCAGGUUUUGGUCACUCGAAGACAGUUGGUGAACCCAAAAAGUGAAAAGAAGGUGCAAAAGUUCAAAGACAAAAGAAGAUCCUGAAUUUUGGUCUAUACUCGGUCGAGUAUUAGCUAUACUCGAUCGGGUAUUAGGUUGGAACUUCAAAUCGAAUCAGAUCCGAAGACAAGAGAACAUGCAGGGAAGAUUUCGGCCACGAUUUUAUGUCUAUACCCGAUCGGGUAGACCGACAUACCCGAUCGGGUAUGCCUUUGAAUUUCAAAUGAAGAUCGGUCGAGUAUGGUCCGAAUACCAUUUUCUAAGCAUACUCGACCGGGUAUUCAUAUAUACUCGAUCGGGUAUACUCUUAGAAAAUAGCCUGAAACCGGUCGAGUAUGCCUCGGAUCGAGUGUUACACACGUACUCGAUCGGGUACCAUGUAUAUACCCGAUCGAGUACCCGAAUCCCAUCCCAAAAAACCUAUAAAUACACCUCCUUUCCUUCACAAAAAGAUAUACAAUCCCUUUGUACAUCUAAGCUCAGUAUAGAAUAGCUCUUUCUUUAUAUUUUUCAUCAUGUUUAGUCUCCAAAUGAGGAGCUAAACUCUUCCAUCUUGGUUUUGCUACUUUGAAGCUUAAUGAAUUUGUAAGUUGUGAGUUAUUUUCUUUAAUCUUCUUCCUUGAAUAUUAAUUCUUUCUUUCAA